AACACCAAACAUUGUAGCACAGAUGGUUAGAAGCAUGGCCCUUUCUAUCAUGUGGUCUUGGGUACAAAAUAUUAAAAAAAUCGGUUCCGGCCGGUUUUCUCCGGUUUUAACAGGUUUCUACCGGUUCGUUGCUGAAGCCGGUCUGAUUGCCCGAUUCGAAUCGGCCGGUCCGGUCCAGUUUUCAAAACUAUGGUCAGAGAUUUAACGGAGCCCCCACCCACUCCUCGGUCUCUGCUUCUCUUCCGCCGAGACCAAUCUUCUCUGCAAUCAAAGCACCGACCGGCAACGGCUUGCAUCGGCCUGCGAGCAGAGCCAGUCUCCGGCGAUUUCACGGACAGACGCAGGAAUACUUGCAGAGAAGAGUUUGCGCGACCUAGGGUUUUUGGAUCGUCGGAAUAGGACCAGCGGUUUCCGGCGAGAUUUUCCGUGCAUCACCACCUCUAUCUCAACCUCAACCAGGGUUUCGGCAUCACCGACUCUUUCCAAUUGCCGGAACAGGACUGGCAUUGUAUUAUUUUCGAAAAAAGUAUUGGCCGUGCGAACAUAUCUAGUAGUAGAAAUGGCUAGAGAAACCCUAGCUUCAUCAGGGUCCUUCCAAACUGGUAGGGGUGCCGUCCUCACAAUUCCGCCACCACCGGAAGAUGCUUGGAUUGAUACCUACCGAAAAUUAGCCCGUCACUGGCAAAAAACUCCAACUCAAAAGUCAACUAUUCCAAUUGCAAUAUCGAGAGUAAAUCAGAUUGAUGCAGCGAGACUAGAUGUUGAAAUGUCAGCCAUGUUAAAGGAGCAGUUGGUGAAAGUCUUUUCUUUGAUGAAGCCAGGAAUGUUGUUUCAAUAUGAGCCAGAACUUGAUGCUUUCCUCGAGUUUCUGAUUUGGUUGUUUUCUAUCUGGGUUGAUAAACCUACUCCCGGCAAUGCUCUAAUGAAUUUGCGGUAUAGAGAUGAGCGUGCUUUUGAGAUGCAAGGAAAAGUCCGAACUGGAUUGGAGGGACCCGGACUUACUGUUGCACAAAAGAUCUGCUACUGUAUUGCAACUGUUGGUGGACAAUAUUUCCGGGCCAGGUUACAAUCUUUUUCUGCUUUUCGAAGAUGGGGUGAUUCUGAGCAGAGAUCUAUAGCAAGUUGGCUAUGGUUGUUAAUACAACGGGUAGAAGGGAUUUAUAAGGCAGCAUCUUUCAGCAAUCUCCUUCUAUUCCUCCACACUGGAAGGUAUAAGAGUCUUACUGAGAGAGCUUUAAGAGCAAGGCUUGUCUAUGGAAGCCCCAACAUGAAUCGAGUUGUAAGCUUUGAGUACAUGAAUCAUCAAUUGGUUUGGCAUGAAUUAUCGGAAAUGCUGUUGUUGCUUCUUCCCCUCUUAAAUUCAUCAUCCAUCAAAAACAUUCUUUGCCCAUUCUCAAAGGACAAAUCUUCAAAUUCUGCAACUGAUGAAACCUUAUGCCCCAUCUGCCAGGCGACUCCCACACUUCCUUUUUUUGCCAUUCCUUGUCACCAUAGCAAUUCAUCAAGGGUCUGACGUAAACAACCUCUCUGUUUUUACAGAGGAGGUUUUGUUAUUACUGUCUUCAAACUCGGUGUUCGGCGGCUCCAUUCCGAUGCACAAGGUGCGGUGUGUUGGUUGCUGGAAUGCAGCGCUAUGGUCUUCGUAAUGCUGCUGUUCAAACAACAUAAGCUUAGAAAAAAGAUCAAUUGGAUGAAGGAGAAGUAUUACAAAGAAAUAGUACUCCUUCCGUCCCAAUUUAUUAUGUCUGUUUCGGUUUACAAUGUUUCACUGAAAUUAUUUUCAAAACAUUUUAUAUGACAAAUGGUAUAGAGUUAAAAAUAAAAAUUACAUAUUAAA